AUGGGUGAAGUAGUAGAUAUGAUAACAGGAUGCAACCAAAAGCUGGACUCUUGGAAUAAACUUAAGUUUAUAAAGGUUCAUUUUCGUUUACAAAAGGCUAAACAGAAAUUGCAGUUGGUGCAAUAUAGUGAUCUGAAAGGAUUUGAUAGGGAUGCAGCAAUCUCAACAAGACAGGAUGUUCAAUUGUGGCUGGAGAGAGACGAGGUAUUGUGGAGACAAAGAUCAAGAGUCUUGUGGUUAGAGGAGGGGGACCAAAAUGCUAAAUUCUUUCAUGCAAAAGCCUCACAAAGAAGAAAGAAGAACAACAUUCAGAAGUUGCAAAAUGAGUGUGGAGAAUGGCAAGAGAGAGAGAAUCGAGACAGGCUUAUAGUUAACUAUUUCAGUUCACUAUUCACUGCUUCUGAGCAGAGGGGAUCUAUCGAUAGCCUAGUGGAGAAUUUGGAAAGGAAAGUGAUGAAUAGCGUGAAUGAGGAGCUGGUCAAAGUCUACAAUGAGGAAGAGGUUUAUAAGGCUUUCAUGAAGAUGCAUCCCACAAAAGCCCCUGGUCCAGAUGGUAUGUCACCAAAAUUUUUCCAACGAUGCUGGCAUAUCAUUGGAAAGUCAAGUCUCUUCUGUAGUCCUAAAGGCACUUAA